CAUGUCGUCUUUUGGCACAAUUCGCAGUGCCACCGAGAUUCACUUCUCAGCGUUGGAAACAAAAACAAACAGAAACAAAAUUCUUGAUUAUCUCUGAUGUUUUAUUGAUUUUGUCGGCACUCGGCAUCGUUUCGAGCAUUUUAAGCUCUGUGGAUUUGAAGAGUUUUGACUGUUGAUCAUAGUUUUGCCAGAGAUGUUCAUUUUGAUGAAGAAAUUGAUGAAAAACGGAGGUUAAGGGAAAAGUAAAUAAUGAAAACAGGAAAAAUGGAGGAAAGUGAAGACGCGGAUCUGAAUUUAGAGACUUUCCAUAAACAGCCUGGAGCUGUUCCAUCAAUUUUUAAUGCUUCUAAAAAUUUCUCUGAAAAUGUAUCUAAAGAAAAGGUUGCGAUGAAACCUAAUGAAAAAUUUCUUGAAAUGUAUGAAGCGGUGAGUAAAUCGGUUCAUUAUCUUGGCCCCAGUUUCAAAUGGUCUGCCUACGCUUCUUCACAAUUUAUUAUAUGGUCCACCUACUCAGCUGAUGGUUCUGAAAUUCUGAAGCGAAUUGUACUCUCACCUAAUAUGAGAAUUCGUAUUUUCUUUAAAGAAAAAGAGCUUGUAAUACCCGAAGAAUUAAAAACUAUUGUAGACAUCGCGGGAAUGGAAAAAGUAUUAGGUUUCGUCGCCAAAAUCGCACCUUGCGAAAAACCAGAUAGGACACAGAGAGCAAAAGAAUGUGUUGGCUAUUUCUUGCCAAAAAAGCAAAAUGAUUCCGAUCCUCUAAAAAACAGAUGCUUUGCUUGUCGAAAGUUACUUAAAAAAUCACGCCCAAAAUUGCGAAUCUCUAGGUGGAGAGAUAACUCAAUUUUAGGCGCUAAAUGUAAUAAUUUACAAAGAAAAUACCAUAGUUUACAGAGAAAGGUGAAAACUUGUCUAUUAGAAAUUGGAGAAUUAAAAAAAGAUGCUGCGAAAAAUAAAACGAAAGUUCUGGAAGCGCCUAAACCGAAAGUUUUGACGUCACAAGGAGAGGGAGAAACUAUUUUUCUUCGAGACUUGAACAGCAAUACUGCCAAUGAAAAAGAUGUGAAUGAAACGAGAGCUGUUAUCAGUGAUCCUUUGGAAAUCGAUCCCUUUUCAAGUUUCUACGAAGACUCUCUCUGGAGUUUGGCAGAUUCCGACGAGAAUAAACCAGUCUCAAAAAAGGCCCGAAAUCCGGAAAAGGAAAAGUACGACUGGAAAAAGCACAAAGAGGCUUGCAACAAAGGCCAGGCAUAUUUAAACAAAAAAGGAAUUCUAGUUCGAGCACGAAAAAUGGGCGCUGGUUGCGACGAAACUUGUCGAUUUCGCUGCCAGGAACGAAUCAGUCUCGAAAAUCGGCAAAAAGUGUUCGACUAUUAUUGGAAACUCGGCAGUCAUCCACUCCAGUGGAACUUUCUUCUAAAAGUUGUCGGCUCCACGGAACCAAAGUCUCAAAAAACCAAUUCCACCUCGAAAAAAAAGUGGACUCGAAAUUAUUCCCUGCCGGCGGAAAAUAAACGAAUAAAAGUCUGCAAAACGAUGUUUUUAAAAACCCUCGACAUUUCUGACAGUAUUGUGGAGACGGCUUUGACCAAAGUCCGUCAAAAUGACGCCUUGAUUGACCGACGGGGAAAAAACUCGAAAACAAAUCACAAAAAAUUGGACGCGAUGAAUGAAAGUGUGAGAGAUCAUUUGAACAUUCUGCCGAUUUCGGAAUACAAGUUUCUCUAUGAUGGCUGUAAAAAGCAAACUUCCGUGAAAAAGGUCAAUAUUCGUCACAUGUACAAGGUUUACAAAGAUUGGAUGGAAAGAGAGCGAAAGGGCGAGCCGAUUGCUGGCGAGAAACGCUAUCGUUACAAUUUUAAAUUGGGUUUUAAGCUGAAAUUCAAACAGGAAAACAUUGAGAUUGAUUAAGUUGAUUUUUUUUUUCUACUUUUUUUAUUAAACGAUAGUUUAUUUAUGAUUGUAAAUUUUUAGUUAGAGCACAAGACUUGCAUUUUUACUGUUUUCAUUCUACGUACUUUUUAUUUAUUCGGAUUUAAAAUAUGUACAGUUAAGGUCUAGUUAAAAAAAAAAAAAAAAGAAAAUUACCAGGAAGAGAAUUCGCCCAUGGAUUGUACAAUUUUCUUUUUUUUCGGUGCCGGGCCACUUGGUUCGUCUUCUAAUCUGCGAUAAAAAUGUAUUAAUUAGAAAUAAAGUAAGAUUAUAUAUUA